AUGGCCUCAGACCUCUCCUGCCAGCCACGUUGCCUGCUCUCCGCACCGUCGGUUCGCUCCCCCGAACUACACAAGCGCCCCGCGAGAAUCCUCCCAAGCUACAAGAACCGCAUCGCGUCUAUCAACUUGACUACACCACCGCGCUCCCGUCCUGAACGCCGUUUCGCGGUCUCCGCGUCGCAUCAGUUCCAGAUACCAGCGCGGCUCCGCAAAAUCAUUUCCACCUCCCCGUCGGCUUCAGAACCUCAACCGUCAGAUUUACUAAGCCAAGGAGAUCGCCAAAAGGACGACGCCGUUGCUUACAAUGGAGAACUUAGUGAUGUUGUCAGCGGUAUCGCCGGUGCAGAUGGCGCUGAAGCGAAGCAGAAGCCAGGCGACGCCGCCACGUGUCUUUACUUGAUUCGCGUGAAGACAAGCCGAGAGCCUCUUUCGGGCAUGUCUACACCAGGUGGCGGCGUCCUAUUGGCUGUGAUUGGAGAAAAAGGUGACACGAUUUCGGCGCGACUCCAGCCACAGGAUGACAUGGAAUCUACGGUUCAGAAGAGCGCUGGCAAGGUCGAGUGGACGGAUGCUGCAGCCACUGGAGUAUUGCCAGUUGUCGCAACGGCAUUCGCUGCAGGGCAGACAGCGGAAAUCCGUCUGACCGCGCCUAGUAUCGGUCCAGUCGUGGCUGCUUGGCUGGCGCCUCAACGAGGCGCCACGUGGCGAGUUGACAGCGUGGCAGUCACUGUCGUUUCAGACAGAACAGCAGUAAGGAAAGCAGCCUCAGCAGAAGCAGGAGGAGCAGAUGUUGUGACGGCAGCAGUUGAUACAGCAGCAGCCGUAGAGUAUACGCUCCUCCCAGGACCUUUCGCUCCCACUUUUCUUGGCGACCCUUCAGGUGGGGGUAACAGUGGUAACCCCGACACGCCAACCGCACUUCAACUAGGAGUGGCUCAGUCACAAAUACUAGAUCCCUCGUUCGCUCUGGAAGCACCCGAAGCAGCUGCUGCAGCUGCGAAAGCUGCGGAGGAGGCUCGGAGAAAGAGGGAGGCGGGGUUGAGGGAGUAUGAAGAACUGAAGAGGCUGAUGCUGCUGGUUACCACAGGGCUGGUGGUUACUGGGACCGGGGCUGCUGGGUGGGUAGGAGGAGUGGACACUGCAGUGGCGUUUGCUGCAGGAGGGGCGGCGGCGCUUGUCUACUUGCUGAGAUUGCAGAACCGCGUUGAUGAGCUUCCGUCGGCCGACUGGACUGAAAAUGCAAAGCCACCUCGUGCACCGGUAUCAGCAUCUGAGGCAUCGGGUGAAUCUAACACUGUGCUUGACACUCCCAGCAGCGGAACGGCGGUGGAAGGGAGAAGCGGGGAUCCUGAGACUCUUAGCCUGGUGCGGAGUAUUGGAGUCCGGGCGUCGUUAGCUAUUGUAGUCAUUGGAUCAGCUGUUGCCCUGUUGGGAGGCGUGGGUGGUGGCGAGGGCGACGGGGAGCUCUUGACGGGAGGGUUGCAGGUUCUUAAGAUUGCGCCGCAGCAGUUUGCUGCGGGUGUGCUGGGCUUCCUUUCGCACAAGCUUGCUCUUGUGCUGGUGGCGUUCACGAGUGGGAUCAUGGCGAAAGGAGAAGGCCCCGCGAUUGGAAUCGACCUCGGCACGACAUACAGCUGCGUGGGCGUGUGGCAGCACGAUCGCGUUGAGAUCAUCGCCAACGACCAGGGCAACCGCACCACCCCGUCCUACGUGGCAUUCACCGACACGGAGCGCCUAAUUGGCGACGCGGCCAAGAACCAAGUGUCCAUGAAUCCCGUCAACACUGUCUUCGAUGCGAAGCGUCUCAUCGGACGGCGGUUCUCCGACGCGGCCGUGCAGAGCGACAUCAAGCUGUGGCCGUUCAAGGUGAUCGUAGGCGCAGGCGAGAAGCCAAUGAUCCAAGUCGAGUACAAGGGCGAGACGAAGCAGUUCGCCGCGGAAGAAAUCUCGUCCAUGGUGCUGACGAAAAUGAAGGAGAUCGCAGAGGCUUACCUUGGGACUACCGUGAAGAACGCGGUGGUGACGCCGACAGCAGCUGCUAUCGCGUACGGGCUCGAUAAGAAGAAUAGCAGCUCGUCUGAGAAGAACGUGCUAAUCUUCGAUCUCGGUGGCGGCACUUUCGACGUGUCGCUUCUUUCGAUCGAGGACGGCAUUUUCGAGGUGAAGGCGACAGCUGGCGACACGCAUUUGGGUGGCGAGGAUUUCGACAACCGUAUGGUGCAGCACUUUGUCCAGGAAUUCAAGCGGAAGUACAAGAAGGACCUGAGUAACAACCCGCGCUCUCUUCGCCGACUUCGCACGGCCUGCGAGCGCGCCAAGCGAACCCUCUCCUCCACCGCUCAAACCACCAUCGAGAUCGACUCGCUCUACGAGGGAAUCGACUUCUACACCUCCAUCACCCGCGCGCGCUUCGAGGAGCUCAACAUGGAUAUGUUCCGCAAGUGCAUGGAUCCGGUGGAGAAGUGCCUCAAGGACGCGAAAAUGUCCAAGGCGCAGAUUCACGACAUGGUGCUCGUCGGCGGGUCUACGCGCAUUCCCAAGGUGCAGCAGCUGCUGCAGGAGUAUUUCAACGGGAAGGAGCUCUGCAAGAGCAUUAAUCCUGACGAGGCUGUGGCGUAUGGUGCGGCGGUUCAGGCGGCGAUUCUGAGUGGCGAGGGGAACGAGAAGGUGCAGGACCUGCUGCUGCUCGAUGUGACGCCGCUGUCGCUCGGAUUGGAGACGGCUGGAGGCGUCAUGACGGUGCUAAUCCCGAGAAAUACUACGAUUCCGACUAAGAAGGAGCAGGUAUUCUCGACGUUUUCGGAUAACCAGCCGGGAGUGUUGAUUCAGGUGUAUGAGGGCGAACGCGCUCGGACUAAGGAUAACAAUCUGCUCGGGAAAUUCGAGCUUUCGGGAAUUCCGCCCGCGCCACGUGGAGUGCCGCAGAUUACCGUGACUUUUGACAUCGAUGCGAACGGGAUUAUGAACGUGAGCGCGGAGGAUAAGACUACGGGGCAAAAGAACAAGAUAACGAUUACAAAUGACAAGGGCCGACUGAGCAAGGAGGAAAUUGAGCGGAUGGUGGAGGAAGCGGAGAAGUACAAAGACGAUGACGAGCAGCACAAGAAGCGGGUUGAGGCGAAAAACGCGCUCGAGAAUUACUCGUACGGCAUGCGUAACACGGUUCGCGACGACAAGAUUGGGGGAAAGCUGUCGCCUGAAGAUAAGAAGGCGAUCGAGAAGGCUGUAGACGACACCAUUGAUUGGCUGGACAAGAACCAGCUUGCCGACGUGGACGAAUUUGAAGACAAGCAAAAGGGACUCGAGGGUAUUUGUAACCCGAUAAUCGCGAAGAUGUACCAGGCUGGAGCUGGACCAGUGCCAGGAGCCGGAGGCAUGGGAAAUGGUUCUUAUGGCGGGGGGGACGAGCCCAAGAUUGAGGAGGUUGACUGA